AUGCAAACAUCAUCAUUCCUAUCCUUACUUUUGUUAUUCAUCACUACCGUAUCAGCUUAUCAAACAACAAUCAACAUGGCUAACAAAGACGUCAUUGUGCAGUUCAAGAAAACUUCUUCUGCUGAGGAGAGACAAAAGACCGUUGAAGAGCUUAAAAGUAAAGGAGCUACUAUCGUAAAAGAUGACAACCUCAACUCGAAGAUCUUCCCAUUCGUAACCGUCUCAUUACCUGAAUCAGACUUUUCGACUCUCCAAUCUGAUUUCUCAGGUGAUCACGCUGUGGUAGAGAAUAUUGAGGCCGACCAGGAAGUUAGCAUCCAAUAA